AUGACUUCUCCAUCAAUACCAAUCCCCAACUACCCCCUCCGCCAACGACGCUUCGCUCCCCUCAACCCGGAGCGGAAGAGUGAAUCCGAUGCGCCAGCGUUAGAAGGGAUUGUUUUUGAUGUUGAUGGAACUUUAUGUUUACCGCAACAUUACAUGUUCUCUGAGAUGCGCUCCGCCCUAGGUAUCGACAAAUCAAUCGACAUUCUCCACCACAUCCGCGGCCUCCCAACUCCCGAAGCCCGCCUCGCAGCCGCGGAUAAAAUCAAAGCCAUCGAGCGCGAAGCCAUGAGCUCGCAGCAGCCGCAGCCGGGUCUUGUUCAGUUGAUGGAUUACCUGCAGGCGCGUGGGGUGCGCAGGGCGCUUUGUACGAGGAAUUUUGAAACGCCAGUGCUACACCUGAUUCAGACUCAUAUUCCGGCACACGAGAAGGACUUUUUGCCGAUUAUCACGCGGGAAACGCCGGAUUUACUGCCCAAACCAGAUCCCGCGGGGAUCUUGCAUGUCGCACAGGAAUGGAAGGUUGGGGCUAGGGCUGAGCAUUUGAUCAUGGUUGGUGAUAGCAUCGACGACAUGACCGCAGGAGACAUGGCCGGUGCAGCUACCGUCCUGCUAUUGAAUGAGAAGAACGGUUGGCUGAAGGAUCAUGAGCAUACGGAUCUUAGUAUCAACCGUUUGGAUGAUUUGGUUGAUGUUCUUGAGAAGGGCUUCGUUGGUCAUCGGGGAGGUGAUAAGCCGGCUACCAGUGACCGCGAGGGAUAA